AUGAAAGAUAUCCUUACAUACCCCAACUUCAACUCAGUGGAUAGCUAUGCUGCCGCAGAGUCGUUUCCCAUCUUCAGCAGCGAAAAUGUGGUCAUCAAAACCACGCUCGUUUCUCCCUCAAAAUAUCAUUUAUUGUGGUUCUCCUAUACGCUUGAAGAAGUCAAUGGUGUUGUCGGACUCGUACCUCACCCCGCUGAAGGUGAGAUACCGCCUCCGAGAGUCUCCAAUAAAGCAAGUCCCAACGAUGUAGUAUUCAAAAUCGAAGAUUCUGAGAGCCAGUCGGCCAUGCCAGGGCGGACCCUUGAUCCUAUAUGCACAAAUACAUCUCAUGCCGUCAUUGUCGAAAUCUACAAUCAAAUAUUCGGGGCAUUCUACAGCAUACCAUCACCAUUCUCCUCACGUAAAGUUGAUGAUGCUCUCGUCCAAGUCGAGCAGAUUACCAGAUACACCACCACCCUAGACUGUCUCCACCUCAUACGCUCCCACGUUGGCAACGCACUCCUACAAUACCGCCAAUCCCUCUUUAUAGCCAUCAAAUCCGACCCCGCCCGCUGGCUUCUCCUCUCCCUGGCCCUCCAAAAUGACGCCUUCUACACCCUCAUCCACAUGAUCGGCGCCCACCCUUUCUGGCCCUGGCUCACUCCACCCUCCACCCUCCUCGAACCCAUCCGCCACCUCAUCUCCCGCAAAUCCCGCCAUCUAAACACAGCCUGCAUCAAAGCCGAGCGCGCCCUUCUCCUCCUCACCAUCGAAGUAGACUCCGGCCCCGUACUCCCCCAAUGCCACGCAAACUCCGACACCUGGUUCCUCGUCGCCAUCUUUCGCGACAUCCUCGCCCGCCAAUUCUCCGCCCUCGAACAAUGCCAGCCUGGUCCCGCCGCCCUCAAGCGCGGCAGAAUUUUUCGCCAGCUCAGACAGGGUGGCUCUGCUUGCAUGGCCUAUGAGGAAAUGGAGCGCCUCAUGCUGCGCGUUAUGUCCUGUGCCGUGCCCUCGUUGAGCGAGGAUUUGGGCUUGCUAAAGGCGUUUGCGAGCGAGUGUGUGCGCGAUUUGGCUAGGAACGAGCUGAUGCUUAAUGUCGAGGGGAAUGGAGUGGCGUAUUUGGCUUGUUCGAGGGUGGAGAGGGGGGAUGUUCCGUGGAGGGUUGCGGAUGGGGUUUGA